GAAUAGGCAACAUGAAGCGAUCUCGUGGUUGGUGUCACAACAGACCGAGGCUUUGGAGAAGGGCUCGUUCAUCAUUCAAAAUACCAGUAAGAAAAAUGAUGAAAUUGAGAAUAUAAGCGGUUAUAACACAAUACCAGAAAACAAACAAGAAAUUGAUAUUAUAUUUGGAAAACAAAAGUUCAAGAUAAUGUACAAGCUUCCUGAAAGUGAUAAAGAGAAUAAUAGUAAUAACAACUCACCAAGACCUUAUUCGUACUAUCUUCAUAAACCAGAUCCAAUGCCAUCCAUAUAUGUAUCAUUAGUAGACUCUGGAGGUGAUAAGGUUAACGUUAGAACUAUAAACAGAUUCAUAACAGAAGUCACCACAGCAUAUGAAGACAGAUUAAAAGCAUGUCAUAAAAGAACUAAAUAUAAACAUAACGAAGGUCGUUGGUAUAGAGUACAUACGUUGGCCGAUAUUAAUGGAUUGGAGUCAGUGGUAUUGGAUAUGGACCAAGAAAAGAGAAUAAAAGAAGAAAUAGACUCAUUUAUUAACGGUAAAGUAUCCUAUAGAAAUGUUGGGAUGACGUAUAAAUUAGGGAUAUUGAUGUAUGGUGACCCAGGAACUGGUAAAAGCAGCCUUGUAAAUGCAAUUUCGUCAUAUACGAAUCGUGACCUAUAUUAUAUAAAUCUUAAAGAGAUAAAAAAUGAUAAUGAAAUGAGUGCUGUGUUCACAUCUGUUCCUAGUAACCAAAUUAUUGUGUUGGAAGAUGUUGAUGCACAAUCGAGUGUGUUGAAUAAAAGAAGUCAAAAUUUCAAUCUCUUUGGAGAUUCUUUUGUAAGUGGGAGUAUUGAUGAUGAAAUGGACAAGGGAUCAUUGAAACUUAAGGACUUAUUAUCGACAAUAAGUUUGUCGAAUUUUCUGAGUUGUUUGGACGGCCAGUCAUUGGCUGAUGGAACCAUAAUAAUAAUGACAACUAAUCAUAAGGAUCAUCUUGAUGAGGCAUGUAUAAGAUUGGGAAGAAUGGAUGUGCAUCUUCAUCUUUCGUAUUGCACUAGAUACCAAAUAAAGAAAAUGUAUAAAAAUGUUUGUGGUAAGGAAGAAAAAAUUUUUCCAGAUGAAAUACUUAAUAAAAUACCAGAGAAGGUUUUGGCACCAUGUAAUGUUAUGGUUAAAAUGAUGUCGCUUAGGAAUGAAUUAGAUAAAAUACCUCAAGAAAUAUGUGAAUUAGUCAAACCUAUGUAA